GGAAAAUGUUUGGUCACAGAUGAACAGGAGCAUGUUAAGGCUUCUCUUCAUGAGAAAUGUAAAUCUGGAAGGAGAAAAUGACUAAAUUGUCUUUGACAACACUCCAGAGUUGACAGAUGGUUCCAUCAAAGUAGCUGCUGAACCAAACACCCCCUCUGCUCAUCUCUGUAUAAAUGCAUGGCCUCAAGACCUGGGAUGCAUGACUCAAUUACCGAAUUGAAGUUUCACCCAUUGAAGUUCUUUUCAAUUUCGAAAAGAGAAAAGAGAAAUGGGAAUUCAUCUUCACCCAUCAUCACCACAAUGUGUGGGAGUCUUCCUCUUUCUAUGCAUGGCAUUGUGUCUCCUUCCUGAAUUUGCACUUGCUAAAACCAGGCACUACACGUUCAAUAUCGAGCUGCAGAAUGUGACCCGUCUGUGCCACACAAAGAACAUGGUAACAGUAAAUGGGCAGUUUCCCGGACCUCGAGUUGUAGCGAGGGAAGGCGAUCGUCUUCUUAUCAAAGUCGUUAACCGUGUCCAGAACAAUAUCUCCAUCCAUUGGCACGGCAUUCGACAGCUUCGGACAGGAUGGGCUGAUGGGCCAGCCUAUGUAACUCAGUGCCCAAUACAAACUGGCCAGAGUUAUGUGUACGACUUCACCAUUGUUGGCCAAAGAGGAACUCUCUUUUGGCAUGCCCACAUCUCAUGGCUGAGAGCAACCGUCUACGGUCCAAUGGUCAUUCUUCCCAAGCAUGGUGCCUUUUAUCCAUUUGCGAAGCCUUUCAAGGAAGUCCCCAUCAUUUUUGGAGAGUGGUGGAAUGCAGAUCCUGAAGCAGUUGUGAGCCAAGCCCUGCAAACAGGCGGGGGCCCAAAUGUCUCUGAUGCCUAUACCAUCAAUGGACUUCCCGGAUUACUCUACAACUGCUCUGCCAAAGACACAUUCAAGCUGAAGGUGAGACCAGGAAAGACAUACCUUCUCCGAUUAAUCAAUGCUGCACUCAACGACGAGCUCUUCUUCAGCAUCGCGAACCACACCCUCAGUGUCGUUGAAGCCGAUGCUAUUUACACCAAACCUUUCGAGACCGAAACACUUCUCAUCACACCAGGACAGACCACAAAUGUUCUCCUCAAGGCCCAACCCCAUUUCUCAAAAGCCACCUUUCUCAUGACUGCUAGGCCAUACGCCACAGGCCAAGGCACCUUCGAUAACUCCACCGUUGCAGGCAUCCUCGAAUACGAAUCGCCACCAAACUCUCCUCAUUCCAGCAUUUCAAUCAAGAAACUUCCCCUAUUCAAACCAACCUUACCCCCUCUCAAUGACACUUCAUUUGCCACCAACUUCACUAGGAGACUCCGGAGCUUAGCGAAUGCCCAAUUCCCGGCUAACGUUCCCCAGAAAGUUGACAAGCACUUCUUCUUCACGGUAGGCCUCGGAACAAGCCCCUGCCAGCAAAAUCAGACCUGCCAAGGACCCAAUGGAACCAUGUUUGCAGCUUCUGUGAACAAUGUGUCAUUUGCACAACCAACCACAGCCCUUCUCCAAGCACACUUCUUUGGGCAAUCAAAUGGGGUUUACACCGCAGACUUCCCAACCAACCCAACUCUGCCUUUUAACUACACAGGCACUCCACCAAACAAUACCCAUGUGAGCAAUGGAACCAAAGUGGUGGUUCUCCCCUUUAACACAAGUGUGGAGCUGGUGUUGCAGGACACCAGCAUCCUUGGUGCUGAAAGCCACCCUCUCCAUCUCCAUGGCUUCAACUUCUUCGUCGUCGGCCAAGGCUUUGGCGACUAUGAUCGAAAUAAGGACCCUGCAAACUUCAACCUCGCCGACCCCAUAGAGAGGAACACCGUCGGUGUGCCGGCCGGCGGUUGGGUCGCCAUUCGGUUCCUAGCAGACAACCCAGGUGUAUGGUUCAUGCAUUGCCACCUGGAAGUCCACACAACAUGGGGUCUGAAGAUGGCUUGGGUUGUCUUAGAUGGAAAGCUGCCUAAUCAAAGGCUUCUUCCUCCACCAGCUGAUCUUCCAAUGUGUUAAGAGGGUCUUGAUUCACUUCUGAAUUACACUCUUGCCUCGAGAUUUUUCUUUUUCUUUUUCUUUAUCUUUUUAGCCAUGCUUUAAUGUAAUUUAUUGCCACUAAUUGUUCAGUUGUUUUGAAUAUUUUUGGUAUUCAUUUUUCACCGUUGUAACAAUCAGAAAUAAAAAAUUUUAAUGUAUGAAGGCAACAAUGAUUAUUAUUGGA